AUUUUAUAAAUCAAUAUCUUAUAUUUAUACUUACUUAUAUUUAAAUAAUUAAUAUCUUUAUCUCUUUCAGUAUUUUUCUUAUCUGACAUAUCGGCAGGGUUGGCUGGUCACACUCAUAAAUCAGAAAGAACGUGAUCAGACGCAGUAGCAGAUCUGUUGUGAAAUUCCAAAUUCGAAACUCUGUCAGAAAGAGUCCACUGUCACACAGACGCCGACGUGGUAGCAGGUGCAGAAAUGUCGCAGUUCACGUGCCUAAAUUGCGAUGCCCGCUUCGCCAGCGCGGAAAUUCAGCGGGAGCACUACAAAACCGACUGGCAUCGCUACAAUCUGAAGCGUCGGGUGGCCCAGCUGCCGCCCGUCACCGCCGAGGAGUUCCAGCAGCGCGUCCUCAGCGCCCGCAGCGCCAACGAUGCCGCUUUGGAGGAGCAGAACAUCAGUGUCUAUUGCCAGGCGUGCCGGAAGCAAUUCUCCGGCCAGAAAGCCCAUGACAAUCACCUCAACAGCAAGAAGCACAAGGAAGCCCUGGCCAGAUAUGAACGCGAACAAAUGACCGCCAGUGGUGGCAGCACAAGUACAGCAGCGUCAUCCGUUUGCACACGCAGUGUCCUGGAGCCGCGUCCCCAUCCUGCAUUGGCGGCUGCGGCCGCCGGCAAGGGUCGUCUGGCCUUUGCGGAGCGAGCACAUGGCCGGGACGAGGAUGAGGAGUUAGACGAUGAGGAUGAUGACGAUUUUGAAGAUAUUGAGGAGGAGGAAGUGGAUUCGGAUGAAUGGGAUAAGAUCCCGGAGAAUCCACUGACCGAACGCGAUUGCCUUUUCUGUUCGCACACCAGCGAGGAUCUGGUGGAGAACCUCAAGCACAUGUCCGUGGCACAUUCGUUCUUCAUACCCGACACCGAAUACUGCACCGAUAUCGAGGGCCUCCUCUACUACCUGGGCGAGAAGGUGGCCAACUAUUUUAUCUGCCUGUGGUGUAAUGACCGCGGCAAGACCUUCUACUCCCUGGACGCGGUGCGCAAGCACAUGGUGGACAAGGGACACUGCCAGAUGCUCCACGAGGGCAUGGCAUUGGCCGAAUAUGCCGAGUACUACGAUUACAGUUCCAGUUAUCCCGAUAAUAAGGACGGCAUGGACAUCGAUGAGGAGGUCGUUCCCGAGCUGCUCGACGGCGACGAGUACCAGUUGGUGCUGCCAUCGGGCGCUGUGAUUGGACACCGUUCCCUGCUCCGCUACUACAAGCAGCGCCUUCGCCCGGAACGCGCCGUCGUCCUGAAGAAGUCCGAUCGCAAGCUGCACAAGGUCCUUAGCGAGUACCGGGCUCUGGGCUGGACACAGACCCAACAGCAGGCGGCUGCCCGCAAGGCCAAGGACAUCCAUCUGAUGAAGCGAGUCCAAUCCAAGUGGCAGAUGAAGCUCGGCUGCAAGGCCAACAAACUGCAGAAGCACUACCGCGCCCAGGUUCUGGUCUAAGGAUAACACCUACUUGAAAGCUAGAAGCUGCUCGGACCUACCAUUUUGGAAUAUAUUCCAUAUAUAAUAUUAAAUGCCCAGAAAUGAGUUAUUUUUUUGUUAAUCGAUAGGAUUUUUGUAAUAUAAAAAAUACAUUAAUGAAUGUAAAAACUAG